AACAGGAUAAGUCUGGUUCAAUGUGUGCUGCACUUGCAGUGUGACUGCUUGGAAUUUCCCAGCCCUGAGCACACAGUGCAUAGAUUACAAGAGGAAAGCGUACAGCCACGCCUCCCAAAAAUCCCCAUAUGUGUAAUCACUAUAUUGAAAAAGCCCAGCACACAGACACAGCUCUCAGAUCUCUUGCACUGCUCGCCUGAUCCUACUUGGGUGCUUGUCGACGAUUACAUUUAGGAAUUAUUUUUGUCCUACAAAACCAAAAGACAUCCAAUUUCUCACUACAUUUUGUAGACGGAUUCAUUUGAUUCCUUUGGAACCAUCAUUUUAAAGAAAGGUUCUAAAAAAGGAAACGUUUGAAGAUUUUUUUCAACUUUUUUCAUUGCUGCAAAGGAAACACUCAAAAUGAAUACAAGACAUAUGGAUUAUUCCGGGAAUAUGAUGAUGGAUGGCGAUAUCAGGAUGGCUGGGAAAGACAAGUUGUUCCAGGCCACUGAAGAUAGAACUGACAGUGGACUGGACUCUUUGAGAGAAGAAGACUACGAUAAUAUAGUCAAAGAUAUGCAAAAUCUGUCUAUGCCUACAGAUCAAAACAUCCAGGACUAUGAAGUGGAGGCAUGGAAAAUGCAGGCAAACGAGGAUGGCGAUACAUUUCUUCAUUUGGCAAUAAUUCAUGAGGAAAAAGAACUGGCAGCAGAGGCCAUCAAAAGAUCCUACAGAGAUUCUUUCUACCUGAACCGACAGAAUAACCUUCACCAGACACCUCUUCAUCUGGCCAUCAUAACAGAUCAGCCUGAAAUAGCUGCAAAGCUCUUUGAAGCAGGUUGUGAUCCAGAAGUUAGAGACUAUCGUGGAAAUACAGCUCUACACAUUGCUUGUGAAAAGGGGUCACUGCAUGGGGUUGGUGUUAUUGUCCAGAACUGCAAAUCCCGUCUGUUACCCAUUCUACAGUACACAAACUAUGAUGGUCACACAUGCCUACACUUGGCAUCCAGUAAUGGCUUCCUUGCUAUUGUGGAGAACUUGAUCAAUUUGGGAGCAGAUAUUAAUGCACAGGAACCAUGUAAUGGCCGCACAGCUCUGCACAUGGCUGUGGACAAACAGAAUGCCGAUCUCAUGCAUUUGCUGCUGAAGUAUGGAGCAGAUGUGAAUAGAGUCACCUAUCAAGGAUACUCGCCAUGCCAACUUACCUGGGGGAGAAGUAACCUCCAAAUUCAACAGCACCUGCUAGCUGUGACAGAGAGGAGCCUGCAGUACCUGCCAGAAAGUGAAGAUGAAGACAGUUCAGAGUCAGAAUCAGAACAAUCAGAUGACGAGUACAUGUAUGAUGACGUUUGCAUUUCUGCAUGCCCAAGGAUGCUGUAGGCCACUGCAGGAGUAGUCCACAAGCAUAUAUAUAUGGACAGAAGCUUGCCAAGUACAAGAGGUGGCAACACUUGGACCAAGGGUCAGAAGUGGAUGUUCGUCCACUAAAGAGUUUGUAAACCUGAGUUGCUUGUGCUGUUCUAGAGCGUGAGAUGUGCUACAUGAGUCAUGAAGUGGAUGCGUCUAGAAGAGCCUAGAACUAACAUGUGGUCUUAGAAUUCAAGAAUCUAACUGGGAAAAAGGUGCUGAUGAACAGAAGCACAAGAACCUGUCUCCAGAAUGACCAGUUCCCAGAGCGGACAGACAUGUUUAUAUCUGAACUAGGGGUGAAAAACAGAUUAUUAUAAGGGUGUAGCUAGUAAAAAUGCUACCUAUUAAAUGUAUUACCAUACUGCUAAGAAGACUCAUACAGAUAAAUAUUAGACCCCUUAAAAGACCUAAAGUGGUGAGAAAAAUAAACUACACAAUGUAUAAAUUGUAAAUAAUGUAUAUGGUUUAUUUUUAUAUAUAUGAAUGGGAUAUAUUUAUUAAAAUAAAAUUCAAAUACAA